AUGCCUCGGCCUCCACAUAGGUGGACCUUGGAGGAAGACAGGAUUUUGUCCAAGGCAGUACAUGCGCAACUGGCCCAUGGCACGGUGAAAGACUGGACGGCAGUGGCGAGUGAAAUUCCCGGACGAACGAACAAGGACUGUCGAAAACGAUGGCACAAUGCCUUGGCGGCUGGGCGAAAUAAAGGUUAUUGGACACCAGAGGAGGACUGUCUAUUGGAGCGUGGGGUUCGACUACAUGGAGAGACCUGGACGGAAGUUGCAGCCAUCGUCUCCACACGGACGGCUGACCAGUGUGCCAAGCGGUGGAAGCAAUGUCUCGACCCUCAGCUAGAUCAUAGUGAAUGGACCGAGGCCGAGAGUUGCCGCUUGCUGGAGGCAGUCUGCGCAAAGGGACGAAGGUGGAAGCAGAUCCAGGUGGAAUAUUUUCCAGCCCGAUCACGGAAUUCGAUCAAGAACCAGUUUACAAUUGUGACACGUCGACGUAUGAAGUCGCAGAACAAGAAUGAUGAGAUCGCGCCCAAGGACGGCGCGCUAGGUCCCGAUUCUGGCGCGAUACAGCUGAAGCACCAGGCUGAAGACGAGAUGGAGAUUGAUGACGAUGAUGGUGGUGAUGAUGAUGAGGAUGAGGUUCAGGAACAAGAUAAUCAGGGCGGUUAUGAGAAGAGCGAAGAGGACGUGAGUUAUUGGGAAGCGCAAGGCCCACACAGCAGCUCCGCUGAGGUAGUUGCAUCACCUUCUUUCGACUUGGCCCAAAUCACACCAAAUAUAGGGAGUCCAGAUCUCAUGUACGAACCGCCGUGGGAUAUUUUCACCGAGAUCUCCCAGGACGCAUUGUAUGCAGCACUCCGGGCAGGACCUGACUUUGAUCUUCGUGGGAUUGCCCUUGGCGAUUCAGACUUCGAGAUAUGCACCUCGAUGCCUAUGAUAGAGGGGCUUCCAGACCCUCAGCAGGAUGAAAUGAUGGGCGAAACUAAUAAUCUCCCCUCUCUUCAUCCAUCUGGGCGAGCCGAGGUACCUAUCUCGACAAAUCAAAGUUACCAGAGGGUAGAGAGUGCUCAUUAUACGGCUCGGUCGGCGUCGGAUGCCUCAAAAGUGGUCCUAACAAUAGAAGAGCCAGAUACGAUGACAGUCAACUCGUUAUUACAGGUUGCAGUGGCAAGUAAUUCGCGAUUUCACUUUGAAAGACAGUAG